AGCCUACUUUUUAACAAAAGAAGCCUACUUUAUUAAGAAAAGUUUCAGCAAUUUGGUGGCGUUCAGUUGAUAUUCGCUCCACCCGUGUAUCGUACUCAAUAUUAUAAGAAACCUUUGGACUUAGGCUUAUAAGCUUUCAAAAUAUACAAUGGGUUGUUUUUCAUCAAAACGACAAAGAGAUAUGAAUGACUUUCAGGAAGUUAUUCGGGACAUUGAAGCCAGAUGUACUGAUAUUGCUCAGGCUCUGGAUUCUGUUUCCAACAUUGCAAAAACAUUUAUAUCUCAACUUGAGGAUAAAGAAAAUCACUUUACUGAUACAAGGUCUUCAAAUUUUGAGCAGCUAUAUACAAAACUGAUGAAUUUGUAUGCAACAGCUAUUCAACUUAUGGUGUCAAUACAGGCUGCUAGUCAAAAGAAGGAGUGUUUCAUCAAUCAAGUCAACAAGGAUCUAGAUUCUAUAACGGCAAAACUCGAACAGGUAUUAAAGACGAAGUAUAAAGGUCAGCCUAGGCUUCGUCCAGGCUCAUAUCUGGAAGCACACGUGGUCACAUCCGCUGAUUCACCCGCAAAUGCCCAGGGUGACAUUGUCAGUCAAAUGAGAAAAACAGUGGAAAACUCAUCUCAGUCAGUGAUAACUAACAUUCUAAAGAAUGUCCAGAACUUAGAAGAUGAAUUUAGAAAUGUGAAAGAAAUGAUAGAUGAGCUGAAAGCACAGAAUACAGAAAGAGAUUUACAUAAAUUGGACAUCUUUGGCCAAAAAAUUGAACAAAUACAAAAUCAAGUAAAUGUUGAAACAGAAGGCGACACUGAAUCUGGAGCAUUAGAACAGCUUAAAACCGAGAGGGAUCUGCUGCGCAAACAAGUUGAAGAACUUGAAAGGCAAACGGAAGAGCAUAAAAUCACAAUUGCAAAGUUGAACAAAGAGAUGUUAGAUAAGGAAAAUAUUUCAAAAGUAUUUGCAGUAAAAUCAGAAUCGAUGCAGAGGGAAUUUGAAAAUGCUAGAAUGCUUCUUCAGAAGGAAAAUGAAGAGAUUAAGCUUGAAUUGGAAAUACUUAAAAAGAAGUCGGCUUAUGAAGUGCAGUUGUUUUGUCAAACCGAAACUGGUCUCAUUAAGACUAUUGAAGAAAAGUUGAUGACAGAGCUUAGAAGUCGGUUGAAUAACAAAGGAAAAGAAGUGAAAUUCGUCAAAUGUCAAGACACUAGCAACGUUGAAGCUGAUAAGCCGCUUCUCUUGCUGUGUAUAAAUGCAUCAAGACUUGGCACAGAUGCUUCGACAUUGGUUAAAAAAUUUAAAGUCUCAUCAAAGAAGAUGGCCGUGUUGGUAUGUCAUCAUAAGGACGAGCAUGCUCUUCCAGCUCAAUCUAGUGACCGUGUGUUGAGUGGCCCAGAGUUUAAAGGCAUUGGCGGUAUAUACGACGUGGCAUUUCACGUCGACAAGGGAAUUUAUCCUUGUGAAAUGAACGAAAAUAAUAUAGCAAAUGUUAUCAAGUUUAUUGCUGUAUGCAGCGUAUGAAAAUUAUCAUUACUGUAUUUAAAUAACUUGCUAUUAAGGAAAACUUCAAAAAUCACUUGCAGAUAAUGAAAAAUCAAAUAUUUGGUUCUGUCUUUAUCUGCCAAAGGUGUAUGUUUGUUAUCAUUGUAUUGUACUGCUUUCUUUAAAGGCCUCAGACAUUCUGUAAUUCUUAUUUCUCAAAAAAAUGUUUACUUUUUGAUACAUGUAUUUUAUUGCAAUUUACGAAACAUACUCAUUUGUUUUGCUAUAUACUUUAUCUAUCUUUUGCAUCGUUAGCUCUAUUGACAAUUGGUGUAAUUAUAGUGAAUAAGUAUUUUAUAAGGGAGUCAAAAUACUACUUUCAUCUUUAAGGCAUAACUGCAUGUUCAAAGUUAUUUUUAAAGUUGUAAAACAUGCUCUUGUUCCAUUAUGUAAAUAAUGUUAAACCGAUGGUUGACAUUUCUGAUAUAUUUAAAAAUGUGGAUUUCUGCGGGCAUAAUGUGCCUUAAGAAAUCAAAUUACGAGAAAUUAAAAACCAAUUGUUAAAAAGAAUUGGUCUACAAUUGGCAUAUUUUCCAGAAGUUUUUCAAAUAUUGAAAAGCAAAUGUUAGACACGUAUUAUUAAAAAGGUGUGAACUUUCAUAUAUAUUUCCCGAAAAAAAACAUGUUGAGAGCGUUGUAAGUGGUUUAGUAUGGACAUUUAUAAAUAUGAUGUAGAAUUAUAUCUUGUCGUAGAACAAUUUACUGUGUGCUAUAUACAGAUAUGUUGGAUCGUUUUGUGUAUGACACCAUCGUCGAAAACCACGGUAUAUACUACAUUUAUAAUACCGAUACUGGUACACGGUAAAUAGUCUGGGUUACCGAACUUACCUACAACAUCCAUAUACAUUUUUGUAUGGUUUUACUAUCACCUAUAUAUUAUACGAAAUAAUAUCACCAUAACUAUUCACCAUAUGACAGACCCUCAAUUGUACACAUAUAUACUUUGAAUAUUCGUGAUGUAUUGAUAAGCGUUUGUGGAUCAAUGAGUUCUAGUCAGUUUAAUAUAUUGAUAAUAUCAAUAAAGUUUAGAAGUAAUCGAUAAUGAUUUAUGUGCAAUCAGAGUUACAAUUUACAAAUAUGUGUAUGAACAUUUUGAUAAUUGUUGAAAAUAAUAUUAUAAUAAAACAAGAAAGAUUUUA